UGCACACAUCGGCCUUCGUCUCAGAUUAGACUGCUCGUCUAACCGCGGCCGGCCUAUGACAGAGCGCUCGCCCCUCGUGCCAACCUGUCACCGCACGGCGACAUGCAGCAGUAUAUUUCCAAACCCUCGCCGCCGUCCAUCCUUCUCGAGAUUCUUGUUCCCUUUUCUGGCCAGACGACUAAAUUCCGCGGGGAGGAAUACGAAAGCGACUCCGUGAUCAACAAAGAUUUUAGAGAUUGGAAUUGGCCGAUAUACAUCACGAUACAUUGUACUAGCACGGCGAAGACGACGACAAUAUCCGACAUCUAGACGAGUUCCUUGGACAGGACUUUCAAGAUGGCGUCAAAGAGCGGCUGGACCGAGUCUACGGAUAACCUCGCCACGGUGCAGAGGGUCGAGACCCCGAACGCCCUGGUGGUGGGAUCGACGCAGUUGUUCGAGGGAGGAGUCAUUCGAUUUGUGCCCAUGCCCACGCCGGAUCCCAAGGAUCCCCUGAACUUGCCGAACUGGAGGAAAUGGACGUCCAUUGGCGCACUCUGCUUCUUCGGCUCUCUCGCCCUCGCGGCUGAGUUCAUCGUUGGUGCUCUGGUACCUGUGUUUGUGCUAGAGUACUCCGGCAUCGACCCUCACAUUCUCAGCCAGAUCGAUAUCUCGGCCUUGAACAAGCCCGGCGAAGUCAACCUCGACCCCGUCAAGCUGCUCGCUGGUCUCGGUGGACCACCCUUGUACCAGGUCGCCCUGUUGGCCUCUGUCCCAUUGCUCGUCAACGGACUUAGCUCCUACCUUCUUGUUCCGCUCUCGGUCGCUGUUGGCCGUCGCCCUGUGCUUCUGCUCUCUGGUUUCCUGGCAUGGACUGGUGGUCUCUGGGCCGGUUUCUCUCAAGGACUCGGCAGCCACUUGGCUGCUCGUUGCUUCCAGGGAUUCGGUGCGGGUGCCGUCGAGGCUCUGAUCCCCCUCAUCAUUCAGGAUAUGAUGUUCAUUCAUCAGCGCAAUAAGGCCAUCUCUUCCGUCGGUGCCUCUCAAGGUCUCCUGAUUGUGAGCUUGGGUAUCAUGAGUCCCAUCAUUGUUUCCCGCCUCUCUUGGCGCUUCAUCUACUGGAUCACCUCCGGCGUCGGUGUGCUUGCGUGGAUUGGUCUUAUCCUGCUCGUGCCUGAGACCCGCUGGAUUCGCAGCGACGAUGAGCUCGCCGGUAAGGAGGUCUACCCCCUGCGCCCUGGCGAAACUCGUCCCCGCAUUGACGAAUCGACCUUCCGCCCUCGCUCCAACUGGGAUGAGUUCGGCAUCUUCAACUACGGCUACGAGUGGAAGGAGGCCAAGCAGUCGGUCAUUGACAUGUUCAAGACGACCCUGUUCCCCAACAUCAUCUGGGUCAUCAUUAUCAACUCCAUUCUCGUCUCCAUGCAAGGUGCUGCAGGUCAGGUCGGUUCGUCACUCCUAAUUGCCGCCGGCUGGAAGUUCGAGACGCUCGGUUUCGCCGUCAUCCCCAUUGUCAUCGCCAGUCCGUUCGUCUGGUUCUUUGGUGGCUACGUUGCCGAUAAGAUAUCCAACUACAUUGCGAAGCGAAACGGAGGUCGACGUGAGCCCGAGGCUCAUCUCAUCAGUUUGGUGUUCCCGCUCCUGGCCUCCAUCGUUGGCCCGAUCCUUUUCGGUUACGCCGGCGAGAACAUUCGAACUCUGCCUUCUAUUGUCGUGCUUGUCUCCAUCUUCUUGAUCGGCUUCGGUUUGUUGACUGCCAACACCAUCUUCGCCGUUUACUUGGUUGAGAGUUAUCCCCGUUUUGCAGGACCCGUCCUGGUCAACGUCUCUUCAUCCCGUCUCAUCAUCGGUUUCAUCAUGUCGUUCAACGUCACUACCUGGAUCGAGGACCUCGGAUUCUUGAAGAACUUUGGCAUUUACAGCGCCGCGCUCGCGGGUGUUUCGAUGCUGUUGCCCGUCAUGUACAAGUACGGCAAGCCCAUGCGUGCCUGGACCGCCGGCCGCCUCGAGCCCCAGGUCGCCCCGGCCAAGACGCUCGAAGACGACGACCAGUACUGGAACAACGAGCGGCCGCAGUGGCAAGACGAGAAGAUGGGUACCCCCAUUGGCAUCGCCCGGCCCAUGUAAGGCAUACGCCAUUUUCGAGGGAAUAGCAUCAUGACAGUGGAUGUAUCCCUGCGUGACAGACGCAAGCGUACGACAGAUUGUAAAGAAAACGACAGAAUGUUCAACGCGAAGAGACAGAGGAGCAUUUC